AAUUCAAAACAUGAAUUAUGCAAUUAUUUGAAGUUUGUUUUUCAUGUCUGUGAAAGGGAAGCUGUCUGAGUAAGUCCCUUGUUUGGAUUUGGGGUUUUUUCCCUCUUGCAGUGCCAGAGUGUUCAAUGCGUCUCCAAGUGCGCACGACCAGUCUGCAGCAGCAGUGCUCCGCAGACCGCCUGCCAGGCAUCUGGCUUGCUCUGCGUUUAUUUCUGGAGGCGCUACUUUUUGCACAAUCACCCCCCAACAGGUGGAUAAGUCGAGUGGGUGAAAACAUCGGUGAAAAAACACCCCGCAGUAAAACUGGGCGCGUUGCUGAACCAACUGUAAACCCUCGGAGGAAACUUCGUCCUCGUUUAUUUUCGUCUCCUGGAUUUUUAAAGCGCGGCGUGCGCCAGGGACCAUGUUCGCCUUCCCAAUAGUCCAAAUGGAAGUCGUGAUGAAGACUAACCGAAUAUGGAUUUACAGUCGGAUGACUGUAAAGUCUGCAGAAAUGAGAGGGGAGAAUGCAGACUAGACUGAAAACCAAGGAAAAAGACGGACUGGCUGAGGAAGGAACUAACACAAACAAGCAGGGUCUUCACACACACACACUCACACUGCAGUCCCACAUCUUGGAGGAUGCUUCAUUCAAGUUGAGGAUUUUUUUUUUUUGGAACAUCUGUUUUAUCGGUCCUCACGUGCCCUCGGGAUACCUUCCAAAGAAGGAAGAGUAAUCUUCAUGUUCCAGUGCCCACCAAACCAAAGUGUGAAGUCCCCCAGCCUGGCAGCAGCUGUAGCAGCGUUAGCAGGGUGCUGGUAAGCUGAAGCCUGGGGAGAUGUCACAACUGUACUACCGGCGGACUGACAGCUCCUCUUACCGGGACCGCAUCCCGCUGAGAAUUGUGCGGGCCGAGUCGGAGCUGUCGCCUUUGGAGAAAGCUUACCUUGGAGCUGUGGAGAAGGGGGACUAUGCUAGUGUCAAGCAGGCUCUGGAGGAGGCAGAGAUCUACUUCAAGAUCAACAUCAACUGCAUCGACCCCCUCGGCCGCACAGCUCUGUUGAUUGCCAUCGAGAACGAGAACCUGGAAAUCAUCGAGCUCUUACUGGGCUUCAACGUCUACGUCGGCGAUGCCCUGCUGCACGCCAUCCGCAAGGAGGUGGUGGGAGCUGUGGAGCUGCUGCUGAACCACAAGAAGCCGAGUGGAGGAAUGCAGGUUCCACCUAUUCUCCUGGACAAGCAGUUCUCUGACUUCACCCCCGACAUCACUCCCAUCAUCCUUGCUGCACACACCAACAACUAUGAAAUUAUUAAGCUCCUGGUGCAGAAAGGCGUGUCCAUGCCACAGCCACAUGAGGUGCGCUGUAACUGUGUGGAGUGUGUGUCCAGUUCAGAUGUGGACAGCCUGCGGCACUCACGCUCACGCCUCAACAUCUACAAAGCGCUGUCGAGCCCCUCGCUGAUCGCGCUGUCCAGCGAGGACCCCUUCCUCACCGCGUUCAGGCUCAGCUGGGAGCUACAGGAGCUCAGCAAGGUGGAGAAUGAAUUCAAAUCAGAGUAUGAGGAGCUGUCUCAGCAGUGCAAACAGUUCGCCAAGGACCUCCUGGACCAGACCAGGAGCUCCAGAGAGCUGGAGAUGAUCCUCAACUACAGAGAUGACAUCAACUUAUUAGAGGAGGACGGCAACAAUGAGCUGGCGAGACUCAAACUGGCUAUCAAGUACCACCAGAAAGAGUUUGUCGCUCAGCCAAACUGCCAGCAGCUUUUGGCAUCCCGCUGGUACGACGAGUUCCCCGGCUGGAGACGUCGCCACUGGGCUGGAAAGUUCAUCACAUGUGUCUUCAUUGGCCUCCUCUACCCUCUGUUUGCCUUCUGCUACCUCAUCGCUCCCAAGAGUCGCUAUGGCCUCUUCAUUCGCAAACCCUUCAUCAAGUUUAUCUGCCACACAGCAUCCUACCUGACCUUUCUGUUCCUGUUGCUCCUCGCCUCCCAGCACAUCGUCACCACAGAGCAGGGUAGGCAGGACAGACAGGGCCCCGCACCCACCACUGUGGAGUGGAUGAUACUGCCCUGGGUGCUGGGUUUCAUCUGGGCAGAGAUCAAACAAAUGUGGGAUGGUGGAUUUCAAGACUAUGUCCAUGAUUGGUGGAACCUGAUGGACUUUGUCAUGAACUCACUUUACCUGGCGACCAUCUCCCUGAAGAUUGUAGCCUACACAAAGUAUGGCUCUGUUCUUGGAGCUCCCUGCCCUUCCAUGUGCCUAAGUGGAAUGCCAAUGCCUGAGUACAGCGGUAGUAAACCCAGGAACCAGUGGGAGAUGUGGCACCCGACGCUAGUAGCCGAGGCAGUGUUUGCCAUCGCCAACAUUUUCAGUUCCCUGCGCCUCAUCUCGCUCUUCACAGCCAACUCUCACCUGGGGCCGCUGCAGAUCUCUCUGGGGAGAAUGCUGCUGGACAUCCUGAAGUUCCUCUUCAUCUACUGUCUGGUCCUUCUGGCUUUUGCUAAUGGACUGAACCAGCUGUACUUUUACUACGAGACGAAGGCUUCAGACGAGAAAGGGAAAUGCAAAGGGAUCCGCUGUGUGGAGCAGAACAACGCUUUCUCCACAUUGUUUGAGACCUUGCAGUCCCUCUUCUGGUCAAUCUUUGGUCUGAUCAGUCUUUACGUCACCAACGUGGACGCGGACCAUCAGUUCACCGAAUUCGUCGGCGCCACCAUGUUCGGCACCUACAACAUCAUCUCCCUGGUGGUGCUCCUCAACAUGCUCAUAGCCAUGAUGAACAACUCCUACCAGCACAUUGCUGAUCAUGCAGACAUCGAGUGGAAGUUUGCCAGGACGAAGCUCUGGAUGAGUUACUUUGAGGAAGGGGCGACUCUGCCAGCUCCUUUUAACAUCGUGCCCAGCCCCAAAUCAUUCUGGUACCUCGUCUGCUGGUUCAAGAGACAGGUGUGCAAAAGGACGAGAUCCAAGCGGCCUGGAAACUUUGGAACUAUUGGAAGGCGAGCAGCAGAAAACCUGAGGAUAAACCACCAGUAUCAGGAGGUGCUGAGGAACUUGGUGAAACGAUACGUGGCUGCCAUGAUCAGAGACGCCAAAACAGAGGGAGGUCUGACGGAGGAGAACUUCAAGGAGCUGAAACAGGACAUCUCCAGUUUCCGUUAUGAGGUGAUGGGCAUGAUGAAGACGGGGAAGCCGGCUCUACCGGCUCUACAGGCGGCGAUGGCCAGUGGCAGCUCAGCAGAAUCCAGUCUCGCUUACCCCAACUCCUCCCUCAAGGUUUCUGUCAGUCCUCAGAGCAGCCAGCCCAAAAGCAAACUCAACCGGUUCAAGAUGACCGCAUCCAUCCUCAAAAACUGCAGCUCUAUAGCAGCACCCAGGCCGCCAGAAGCCUCCAACGGCCUGCCGAAUGGACUCCUGUCUUUGACCGCUGAUGGAGAAAAGUCCGGUCAGAGGAGAAAUUUUCCCAAAGAUAUGGCAGACUUUGGUUUGUUUCAAAAACGCCACAGAGGGGUCAGUGAGGACGCAUCCGGUGCAGGAGAGAUUUCAAGGAAUAUGUACUCUUUGUCAGAGGAAGCAGGGGAUGCAGAAGCAGAGGUAAAAGAAACAGGUAAGGAUGAGAAAGGACUCCUGAAGACAGUCAAGGAGGUAAAAGAUGCAGCAGAGGAACCCAAGAAUGAAAAGAGUGAAGGUUCAAACAACACCAACAGCUCGGAUGUAGGCGAAGAGAAAGAAACAGAGGAAAAGGACAAAGAAAGUUUGCCUAAAAGUGACUCAGCAGCUGAUGGAUGUUUAUCAGAGUCAUCCAGAGAAUGAAACAACAUGAUACAUGAUUCAACUACAGGCCAUAAUGUUGGACUGAAGACUGACAGACUGACAAUCAAUGUGAGCUUAAAGUACGGAUGUAAUGUGUUCCACAAAGAGUCUGACUUUUCCUGUUUAUCAAAAGUGAUGAUCAGCUGUGAUCUUUGGAGACUCAGGGAGGACUUUGGUUUAAGUAUUUUAGAUGCAGUUGCAUUAGCAGCGGAGAUGCAGCAAAGGUAAACGAAGCUCUGUGUGAGCAUUGAUUGUAUGAUAAUGUCAUCUUAUCCCAUCCUUUACAGGUGAUUUGGAAAGUGAUUAAAUCUCUCCUUUGUUCUAAUCCUACGGUGGCUGACAAGGGUCAAAGCUGCAACCACUGCAGGGAUCCAUUUGGAGAAAGUAACUAACUAGCUUACAGUGUCUAGACUUAGUAGGAGAUCUUCAGCUAAGCUACUGGCAGCUUUUACUCCCUUAAAUUUGAUCCAGUGUGACCGGGAUGUUGCAGUAUUUUUGCUCCUGUCAGCCAACAAGCAUCCUCUUUCUUACACAUUCCCUCCUUUUCCAUCGUUUACUCCCCUGUAUCAUCUUCUCUCUACCUCUUUCCCUUUAUCUCUACACUGCUUAUCUCUCUGCAUCCUUAUCUCUCUAGAGCAAUAGAUGUGUUUAGUUUUAGACCCAACUCUCUGCCUUACUCGGUCUGUUUCUGCACUUUAUACACUUUAGCAUUCGGUAUCUCAAAGAUGUGUCGAGCUCUGAUCGUGCAGCAACAACUCCGUCUAUGUUUUUUCUAUGCAAAAAAAAACAACAACUGAGAUUGUGGUUCUCGUCAUUGUGAGGAGGAUCACUGUACUUUUAACAGGCGACUAAUUCAUGAUAAACAUUCUAAUAUGGGAGGUGCAGCGAGCCGACUGUCAGUCAAAGGAUCACGAGAUACAAUAUGAAAAACGCAACCCGACAACCUUUAAAAGCAACAUAUUAUUCAUGUUUUAUCAAUCCUACAAAGAUUAACUUUUAUUUUGAAAAAAAAAAAUGCUGUUUUUAACUCGUACCUUUAGAUGUAAUGUUGGUUUGAAUGAAUACUGUUAUAGAGAUUAUAAAACAUAGAUCUAAAAUAAAAGAAGUUAAACACA